AUGACGACCAUCUCUCGACCAACCGCUGACGCUCUCACGGAGAAUGUCUCCAACAAAGUAGCUAUUGUUACCGGCGCCGCACGUGGCAUCGGAUUUGCCACGGCCGGUCUCUUAGCCCGCCACGGGGCCCGCGUGGUGCUUGUGGAUUUGCACGAGGAUGCACUAAAGAGUGCCGUGGAGGCCAUCGGCGGACAAGCCACAUACAAGACCUGCGACGUGAGCGACUGGGAUCAGCAGAUCGCCUUGUUCCAGUGGGUCAUCGACACCGUCGGGCCCAUUGAGCUCGUCGUGUGCAACGCCGCUAUCAACCCCGAAAUCACACUGCUUCAGACGCAAGACCCCGAGCGACACGCACAGCUAAAUAGCCAAGCGCGGUACAAUUAUUUGGCGGAUGAAACCAAGGAAGGAAAGCUCCAGCGCCCGUCAACGCAGCUCUUUGACGUCAACGUCAACUCCGUCGUGUUUGGUCUCAAAUUAGCCAUCCACCAUAUGAAGCAGAGAGAAGCGGGCGGCCGCAUCGUCGUCGUUGGCUCCGCUGGAUCCUACGUCCCUGUGCCUUCGCAGCCGCUCUAUACCGCCAGCAAACAUGCGGUCUUGGGCCUGGUCCGCAGCACCGCCCUGAUCGAGGAGGUUACGCGAGCGAACGUCGCCAUUUCCUGGAUCGCGCCGUGGCUCACGCUGACCUCCAUGGUGGAAGGGCUGGAGGCUACCACGUCAGCCAACACGCUCAAGAGCUCGCCGGAGGAUGUGGCAUGGGCCAUCGCAGCGGCCGCGGCGUCACCGACGAGCUGGGCCAACGGCAAGGGCUUCUGGGUGCAAGGUACGACGAUCACCGAGGUGGAGGGCACGUAUGGGGAGGUCGGCCAGCGGUUGAUAAGCCCUGAGAACCAGUUCUGA